CCCGGAAAAAUUCCCACCCUCUGACGUCAGUGGGUGCUCUAAAAAUGGCGGAGUCGGAAGAGGAGGUGAACGUUCUGGUGCAGAGAGUUGUCAAAGACAUUACAAAUGCCUUUAAGAGAAAUCCCAACAUUGAUGAAAUUGGUGUGAUUCAGUGUCCAGAAGCGCGUUGCAACCGCAGUCCCAUUGUACUGGUAGAGAACAAGCUGGGUGUGGAGAGCUGGUGUGUCAAGUUUCUGCUGCCGUAUGUGCACAACAAGCUGCUGCUAUACCGCCAGCGCAAAUACUGGCUGGACAGGGAAGCUUUGGGGGAUAUCACAUGCACUUUGUUGUUGCUAAAUCCAGACUUCACAACAGCAUGGAAUGUCAGGAAGGAGCUUCUACAGUGUGGGGUUCUUCACCCAGAAAAAGACCUGUACCUAAGUAAGCUGGCUCUCACCAGGUUCCCCAAGAGUCCAGAGACAUGGAUACACCGGCGCUGGGUGCUGCAGCAGAUCCAGAGCAGAAAGCAGGAGCAGGGUGAUGCAGCACAGGUAGAUGGAGAGAGGAGCCACCAGCUGAGUGACCACCUGGCCAGGACACUCCACCAGGAAAUGAAGGUGUGCUCUAAUGCUGCUGGUCGCUACCCUAGCAACUACAAUGCCUGGUCCCAUCGCAUCUGGGUGCUACAGCAAAUGGCGAAGGGCAAUGUCAAGGUUUUUCACGAUGAGCUGUCGUCCAUGCGUCUGUGGGUGUCCAUGCAUGUUUCUGACCACAGCGGAUUUCAUUUGAGGGAGCUCAUCACUGAGCUGUCCAAAACUCCAGCUGCUAACACUAUCACAACCUGUCCAUCCCAGUGCCAGUCUGUCGCAACUCCCAGCACCAGUCCCCACCAUCACAGUUGUGCCCGAUCUAAUGGUCAGCUCUCAAGAGGAGAUAAUGGCACAGAUGAGGAGGAGAGACAGCUCAGCUCUACCACUGUUCUUCAGCUUUUCCACCAGGAGAUGGAGCUGUGUUCUGACCUUAUCCAGUCCUACCCUGGACAUGAGACUCUCUGGAGUCAUAGGCGACAUGUCUUUUAUUUAUGGCACCACUGGAAAAGGGAACAUCAGCACCUCAGCAGCAGUGACAACAGCAGCAGUGUUAAUGGAAAUAGGCAGAAAGUCGAGUCUCACGGUGGCGACGGUGGUCUGCCAAAGGUCAACGGUGAAAGCUGUGCAGACCAGGUGGAGAGCCAGAAAGAACGAAGUCCCACCGUUGAACCCAUGGAUGUUGACGUGCUGUCUUUACAUGACAGUAAACGACUAAAGAGAGGCGUCCCGCUGCUUAGCAUUACAUUGUCCUCUGAGCACAGCUUCUUAGAUGAAAUCAUGGACCGAUGCUCUAACCCAGAGCAGAGACGUUUUGCUCUAGCAUAUGAAAAGUGGUUGGACACUGUUAUUGGUCAGCGGCCAUGAGACAGAGUCUAGGAUAUCUAGACUCUUUUCUUCACAGACCACAAGUUUAGGAUCAGUUGACCUCCUGUAGCUCUGAUAGAAACAAAUAGACGGGCACAGUUUAAACUCUGACCUUGGCCGGAGGUGAGUAGAGAGGAUGGUGAUGGGAUGUUGUUCCUCAGAAACAAACCUGGAUUCUCUUGAGCUUCAUCUGAGCCAGUGCUUCUUCAGAAUGGAAAUCAGCACAAAAGAAAGCCUAUAGUUUUUUGUUAUUAUUUUAUUUUCAUAUAGACUCCGCUCUUAUUUUAGAUUUGCUCAGUACCUCAGGACAGAUUUCUACAUUUUGUCCCAGUGUUCAACCACUAAAUGCUUUUUUUCCUCCUUAAAAUAUUUCAUCAGACAAACCCUUUUUUUGGGUUAUAGGUUUCUACAUUAGGAUUCACACAGGUGAACUAAUCAUUAUGUUCAUUGAACCCGAUAUAUAUAAUUCUAUAGCCUUUUAGCUGAUAUUUAUAUAGGUAUAGGAUAUAUCCAUGACAGUAUGAAAUAAUGAUUGACAGUUAAUGUAAACAAACCGUAGCUACAUUUGUCUUCACCAUUAUUUUUACAUAUUGCAGUAUGUCUUUUGGCUCAUCUUUGAAACGAAGAGCCGAAAGUCGAAGUGACUUGCAGUAAAUCAUGACACAAAAAUAUUAAAAAAUAUUUAAAAAAGGUAAUGUAAAAACAAAGGUGUUUGUGAUGAAAUAUUUUCUCAUUGCAACAAAAUGUCAUCAAAUUCAAAUACCACUUGUUGCAAUGUCAGGUUUAAAGCACAGAAUCCUCAGAUUUCCAUUCUGAAGGCAAUAAUGGGUGUAAACCCCUUUUUAUGUUGUGUUUUUGGUUGUCGCUGCUCUUCUGGGCUCUUCUCUAUCCUGUUAUUCCACUGAAUCCAGUUGCUGAAUCCUACAUUGAAAUGCGUGUGCGCCUUUUCAACAUGGUCCAAAACUUCUUUUUUUUUAACCUUGAUUUUUAUGUGUGCACUGACCUUGGUCAUCUGUAAGAGUUAUCUUUUGUUAACCUGCAGCACUGAGACCAUUAGCAGAUCAAUGUCGGCACUAUUUCUUUUGAUUAACUGGUACUGAGGAAGGACCGUGUUAGCUGACAGUGCCUGGAGCUACACGUUCCAGCUACAGCAAGUGGGGUGAACAUCAAGGAUGAGUCUCCUAUCCAAGGUUGCAGCCAAGCUUGUAGAAAUAACGUAUAUAUUUGCCAAACACCAUUUAACAGUACAUUUGAACCUCAGACUAUAAAAACGUCUGGUUUGCUACUAACCUAUGUAUCCAGUUGACACAAAACCUAUAAAUAGUUUUUGGGAUACAAUACAUUUAUUCAUAUUUUCUGACCUUUACAUUUUAGUUAAAGGUCCACUUUGCAAGAAUAGGUGACAUCUAAUGGUUAGAUUAGACGAGAGGAAGGCUGCGUGGCUCAUCCUUCAUUUCCUCAGAAGAAUCCAAGAACUUAGAAUGAGGGAUGUCGUAAAGAUGACUAUUGGUCAAAAACGCUUCAAUAGAAAUAGAUCUUUUUGUUUUAUUUUAUUUAUAUAAAUACAUAUACAGUAUAUCAGUAAAAGUAUUACUUAGUAUUAUUCUGUAAGUUUCUGCUCCCUGGAGCCAAACAGUAAGUAAUGCAGAAACAAGGCAGUACAACCUGGUGGAUAUUGUUGAAGCACAACCCUUGUUGACAGUACAUGACAACAGGCGUUGAAAAACACUUUAAUGUAAAAGUAUAUUAGAGUCGUGUACAAACCCUCAUCAAUGUUACACACCAGACCUUUAAAUAAGUACUGCUCAUUCCUUCAUUCCUGGCUGGCUUAUAAGAAACGAUUAAUGAUUUUACUGUGGCUGAUAACUCAUAACCUGCUUUAUUUAAAAGAUAAGAAUCUUUAAAAAGAUCACACUUUUUUUCUGUGAUUUGAAUAAUUAUUAUAGCAGUAUGAUUUCUCUCUGUUUGUGACUUUUGUCUAGGUAUGGCGCUACACAGCCUUUUUCAUAUGCAAUACAGAAACAACUUAGUAUCUGCCGAUACCGAUCUAUCCAGUACUUUCUAUCCUACAUGCUGUGGGCUGCCAUUUCUGGGGUGAAGGUGUCCCUGAAAGGUUGACUGAUCCUAAGUAUCGGAUCUAGCCUUCCCUACUUUUAUCAUGUUGAUUUUGUACAUGACGUGCUUCUAUAAUCCUUCCAGUCAUAUUCGGACAUCUAAACUUCCAGACCCCAUAUACAUGCUGCAAAUAAUAAUAUAUUAUCUCACACAGGCACAGAGGACUUAAUAGCCAAUCACCAUCUUUCUAGUGAAAAACAACCAAAAAUUUUAGGCCCAGAAAUAUUAGUAACUAAAAAUGUCACCCCUUUACUGUGAUGGGAAGCUUUACUGCUACUGAACACGGACGUUGGAAUUCAAGGUGGACGCGGGGUUCGUUGCUGCUUCAGUGCCCUCUUGUGGAAAGAAGUUCUUUAUGGUAAAAGCUGGUUUAACCCCUAACCUUGAAUCACACUUAAAGAAAUAAUAAAUGGAAUAUUUCAUUACUUCAACUA